UUCCUUUUCUUUCUUUCUCUCUCACCUUCUUUCCCUCUCUUGCCCAUCUCUCUCUCUUUCCCCCUCUCUCUUUCUCUCUCUCUCUCUCUCUUUCCAUCUCUCUUUUCCCCCUCUCUCUUUCUCUUUCUCUCUCUCUCUUUCCAUCUCUCUUUCCCCCCUCUCUCUUUCUCUCUCUCUCUUUCCAUCUCUUUCCCCCCUCUCUUUCUCUCCCCCUCUCUUUCCUUUUCUUUCUUUCUCUCUCACCUUCUUUCCCUCUCUUGCCCAUCUCUCUCUCUUUACCCCUCUCUCUCUCUUCCCCUCUCUCCCCCUCUCUGCUUCUGUUGAGGCCAACCAGCCACCACCACUAAAGCCACACCCGCACCAACCAACCACUGGCCUGCCUGGCUCCCAGUGUGUUAUUUUUAACUCUUUCCCCCACAAUGACGUCACUCUGUUUUCCUCGUUGCCUUAUAUAUUUUUACUGACACCAUCUAUAUCGCCAGAAAAAACUCACUUCCAUCCAAACACAGAGAGGGAUGAUGUCAUUAAGCCAUAGGUCAUUUCCAGGUGACACAACAGCCCAUAUCCUUUGAGCUCCAGAUAGCGGUUGCUUUUAGGCACAGAUCUAGGAUCAGUUUACACUCAGCAAACCUUUAACUUUAACCAUUGGAAAUAAAAAUGCUAAACUGACCUUAGACCAGUGUUUGAGGAGCCACUACAUACUACUCCUAUUUACAUUUUUGUAAUUUAGCAGAUGCUCUUAUCCAGAGCAAUUAGGGUUAAGUGCCUUGCUCACGGGCACGCAGGCAAAUUUCUCACCUAGUCAGCACGGGUUUCGAACCAGCGACCUUUCGGUUUACUCUCAUCAUACCCUAACCUUGACCAUUUGAGGGAAACACUGACCUAAGAUCAGCGUCUAUAGGGGCAGCUUCAUCCUGCUCACUGUUUUGGUCCUGUACUGUUACUGUACUGUAACCUCAGGUCCACCAGCCUCUCCUCUAAUUCAUAAAUAAUGACCAUGCAGCAGUAAUAGACAUGCAGGCAGACAGACAUGUUGGCUAGCCAGGCUGGGUCCCAGACGUUCUUCCACACAGGCACUUAGCCUAGCAUUCACACAGAUGACUUAUCCACUAGCUGGAGGGCUGGGUUGGCUUUAACAGGCAUUAAAACAGACUGAAACAGUGAGGGACUACCUGGUCCAACAAGAAACACUCUUUUUAGCUUUCCGUUGAAAAUGUUUUAAAACGUUUUCCCUAAUGGAUAGGAUCCUGAAGUGCAGGCUGAAGAGAGGCGGAUAGACUAACAAGAGGCUUACGGUUUGGGGGAGGUCUAAUAGUGAUUAUCUUGCUCUUCACUUUACUAAACGGUUCCAAUCCCCCGUGGUGGUUGACAGUGUUAGGGUGCAGCUUUACAAUAGGUCCAUCUAUCCUGUCACGGUUCAGAAUGUCAAUUAAAGUGGGCAGCUUGCCAUUUUGACUCUAAUAACUGUUAUGUGGUGGCCUGCUUUUCAGAGAUGUUUUUUUAAUGUCUGGUUGACAUAGAUGGAUCUCUCACACUCUGGUAAGAUUGGGCUAAAGUGCCGUCUCUUUAAGGCAUAUAUCUAGUUCUGUAUCUGUGUUUUGUUGUACGCGGGUCCAACAAUCAACAACCUUGUUAAAGGCAUCAUUAAAUUAACUUUGAUGAACAGGCAAUUCUCCUUCAUUGACCCUUCUUCCUCCCUCUCCCCCUCUCCUCCCUCUCCCUCCUUCUCCCUCCUCCAUCUCUCUCUCCCUACUUCUCCCCUCCUCUGCCUUGUCUCCCGCUCUGCCUAAUGUGUUUGUGUAGUAAUGUAUGAUGUUGAUCCAAGAAACAGGAUUAUACAUUUUCUCUUGCUCUCUCCAUCCUAGAUGACAUGGCGUCCUCAGUAUCGCAGCUCCAAGUUCCGCCACGUGUUCGGUAAGGCCGCCACCAAGGAGAACUGCUACGAUGGCGUGCCCAUCACGCGGAGCGUCCACGACAACCACUUCUGCGCCGUCAACCCGCGUUUCAUUGCCGUCAUCACAGAGUGCGCCGGGGGUGGAGCCUUCCUGGUCCUCUCUGUCCAUCACACAGGGAAGGUGGACCCCCUUCACCCCAAAGUGUCAGGCCACAGAGGUAACGUACUGGACAUCAAAUGGAACCCCUUCAACGACUUCUGUAUAGCAUCCUGCUCAGAGGACUCCACGGUGAAGGUGUGGGACAUCCCUCCCCAUGGUGUGCUGAAGAACCUGACGGUGCCGUGGAAGGAGCUGCAGGGUCACAGCCGCAGGGUGGGCCUCAUCGAGUGGCACCCUACUGCCAACAAUGUGCUUUUCAGCACUGGCUAUGACUACCAGGUGAUGAUCUGGAACCUGGACAGCCCUGAGGCGGUGAUAAAGAACCCGGUGCGGACCAUCAGCCACCACACUGACGUGGUGCUCUCCAUGUCCUUCAAUACAGAUGGCAGCAGGCUGGCCACGUCCUGCAAGGACAAGAAGAUAAGAGUUCUAGAGUCACGCACUGGGAACCUGCUACAGGAGGCCAACUGUAAGAACCACAAAGCCAGCAAGGUGCUGUUCCUGGGGAACCUCAAGAUGCUGCUGUCCACCGGCAGCUCCCGCUGGAACCACAGACAGAUGGCUCUCUGGGACCAGGAGGACCUAGAUGUGCCUUUGUUACAGGAGGACCUAGAUGGUUCGUCUGGGGUGCUCUUUCCUUUCUACGAUCCAGACACACACAUGCUCUACAUAGCAGGGAAGGGUGAUGGUAAUAUCCGGUACUAUGAGAUCAGCUCAGAGAAGCCCUACAUGCACUUCCUCACAGAGUACCGCUCGCACACUCCUCAGAAAGGAAUGGGUAUCAUGCCAAAGAGAGGCCUGGACGUGAGCUCCUGUGAGGUGUUCAGGUUCUACAAACUGGUGACGAUCAAGGCCCUCAUCGAACCCCUCUCCAUGAUCGUACCUCGCAGGUCGGAGUCGUACCAGGAUGACAUCUACCCCAUGACGGCGGCGAGCGCAGCCGCCAUGUCGGCCGAGGAGUGGCUUAGCGGCAUUGACAAAGGUCAGAGGUCACCACCACAGAGAGAGGGUGGUCGUGCGGAUGGGCAGGGUUAUCGUAUGUGUAACCGAUGUGAAAUGGCUAGCUAGUGCGCUAGCAGCCUUUCAGUCGGUGACGUCACUUGCUCUGAGAACUUGAAGUAGUGGUUCGGCUGAAGUAGGGUAACGAUGGGUAACGAUGCUUCGUGG